AUGAAUUGCCAUAAAUGCAACAAAUUGAUCGUGCGGUCUUCGAAGGACAAGGCUACGAACAAAAUUCAGUGUAGUGAGUGCAGGGAGAAUUUCCAUGGACAGUGCGUGGGUUUUGGUGAAACAGAGUUGAGUGUUUAUGAAACAUCCGGACGUAAAUGGUUGUGCUCAAAUUGUGCUCACGAUCGUCGGUUGAGUCGUAGUUAUAGCGACGGUGGUGAUGCGUUAAGUCAGGAUUCGAAUAAUGAAAUUGCAAGUUUAAAAAUCCUAAUAAAGGACUUGGGUGAAAAACUCGAUUCUGGAUUAAAGCGUAUCGAAACCGACUUGGGUAAGUCACUCGAAUCGUGUCACGAGAAGCUCGACGAGAACGCCGCACUAUUAUCUGCUCAACAACUCAUCAUUGAAAAGCAGAAUCAAAUCAUUGAAUCUCUCAAAUCGGAUAAGUUGGCAUUGUCUAAAAAGGUAACAGAACUUUCAGUGAGAUUGACUGAUUUGGAGCAGUAUUCAAGAUCAAAUACUCUAGAAAUCCAUGGAAUACCUGGCUCCCAGAACGAAAACGUCGCCGGAAUCGUUAUGGAGAUUGGAAAGGCGCUAGAUGUCCCUAUCAAGGAGGAUAUGAUCGUUGCUUGUCAUCGACUGAAGCAGAAGAACAACCGCCCAUCGCCUGGAAUUAUAGUGAAAUUUGUCCACCGUACAGUGAAGGAGAGGAUCAUGGAGAGGCGUCGUGUGAAGAGGACUCUGUCAACCAGACACUUGGGAUUGGCGUCUGAUACUCCGAUUUAUAUUAAUCAGUCUCUCUGUCAAGAGAGAGCUAUUUUAUUUGCAAAGGCAAAAAAAGUUAAAAAAGAACUGAACUUUAAGUUUCUAUGGAUAGAUAGAACAGGUAACAUUAAGAUUAGAAGAGACGAGACUUCAACUAUUUGCGUUAUCAAAACUGAUAGCGAUAUUGAAAAACUUGCAGGUAACCGAGUUUAA